GCGAGACUUCGCCGGCGAGGAGGAGCCGCCCGAGCGGCGGCUGCUGGGCGCUUCCCCGCGCUGCUGGGCGCUCUGCGCCUCGGCGGCCCCCGGCCGCAGCUUCCUCGCGCGCGCGGGGCGCGGGGCCUGGGGCUGGCUUCGGCGAAGGCAGGUGAUGGGGAAAUGUGGUGCAGAAAGCUGUGAGUGAAGGGACAAGGGUGACCAGCCCUGAAGAAGUUCCGAAGGGUGCAGCAGAGGACAGGGGUCACUGAACUAACUCCAAACUGGUGUGCACAGUGUCUGAGCAGCUACCAGCCCAAAAGCUGGAGUCACCAUGGCGGCGGGAGUGGCAGCCUGGCUGCCUUUUGCCCGGGCUGCAGCCAUUGGAUGGAUGCCAGUGGCCAACUGCCCCAUGCCCCUAGCUCCAGCUGACAAGAACAAGCGGCAAGAUGAGCUUAUUGUCCUCAACGUGAGUGGACGACGGUUCCAGACCUGGAGGACCACUCUGGAACGCUACCCCGAUACUCUGCUGGGUAGCACAGAGAAGGAGUUCUUCUUCAAUGAGGACACCAAGGAGUACUUCUUUGACCGCGACCCAGAAGUUUUCCGCUGCGUGCUCAACUUCUACCGCACUGGGAAGCUACACUACCCACGCUAUGAGUGCAUCUCUGCCUACGAUGAUGAGCUGGCCUUCUAUGGCAUCCUCCCAGAGAUCAUUGGAGACUGCUGCUACGAGGAGUACAAAGACCGCAAGCGGGAGAACGCGGAGCGGCUCAUGGAUGAUAAUGACUCUGAGAACAACCAGGAGUCCAUGCCCUCACUUAGCUUCCGCCAAACCAUGUGGCGGGCCUUCGAGAACCCACACACCAGCACCCUGGCUCUGGUCUUCUACUACGUGACUGGUUUCUUCAUUGCCGUCUCGGUCAUCACCAAUGUGGUGGAGACGGUGCCAUGUGGCACAGUGCCCGGGAGCAAGGAGCUGCCAUGUGGAGAGCGCUACUCAGUGGCUUUCUUCUGCCUGGACACUGCCUGCGUCAUGAUAUUCACGGUGGAGUACCUCCUCCGUCUCUUCGCAGCACCCAGCCGAUACCGCUUCAUUCGCAGUGUGAUGAGCAUCAUCGAUGUGGUGGCCAUCAUGCCCUAUUACAUCGGCCUCGUCAUGACCAACAAUGAGGAUGUGUCCGGGGCCUUUGUCACGCUCCGGGUCUUCCGUGUCUUCAGGAUCUUCAAGUUCUCCCGACACUCCCAGGGUCUACGGAUCCUGGGGUACACCCUGAAGAGCUGUGCCUCGGAACUGGGCUUUCUCCUCUUCUCCCUCACCAUGGCCAUAAUCAUCUUUGCCACUGUGAUGUUUUAUGCCGAGAAGGGCUCAUCUGCCAGCAAGUUCACAAGCAUCCCUGCAUCUUUCUGGUACACCAUCGUCACCAUGACUACACUGGGAUAUGGGGACAUGGUGCCUAAGACAAUCGCGGGGAAGAUAUUUGGCUCCAUCUGCUCCCUGAGUGGUGUCCUGGUCAUUGCUCUGCCAGUCCCUGUGAUAGUCUCCAACUUUAGCAGGAUCUACCACCAGAACCAGAGAGCAGAUAAACGCAGGGCACAAAAGAAGGCCCGCCUUGCCAGGAUCCGUGUGGCCAAAACGGGAAGCUCCAAUGCCUACCUGCACAGCAAGCGCAAUGGGCUCCUCAAUGAGGCCCUGGAGCUGACGGGCACCCCGGAAGAGGAGCACAUGGGCAAGACCACCUCACUCAUUGAGAGCCAGCACCACCACUUGCUGCACUGCCUAGAAAAGACCACUGGGUUAUCCUAUCUUGUGGAUGAUCCCCUGUUAUCUGUUCGAACCUCCACCAUCAAGAACCACGAGUUUAUUGAUGAGCAGAUGUUUGAGCAGAACUGCAUGGAGAGCUCAAUGCAGAACUACCCAUCUACCAGAAGUCCUUCUCUGUCCAGCCACUCGGGCCUCACCACCACCUGCUGCUCCCGCCGCAGCAAGAAGACCACACACCUGCCCAACUCCAACCUGCCAGCCACUCGCCUGCGAAGCAUGCAAGAGCUCAGCACCAUCCACAUCCAGGGCAGUGAGCAGCCCUCCCUCACCACCAGUCGCUCCAGCCUUAAUUUGAAAGCAGACGACGGACUGAGACCAAACUGCAAAACAUCCCAGAUUACCACAGCCAUCAUCAGCAUCCCCACUCCCCCAGCUCUAACCCCAGAGGGAGAGAGUCGGCCACCCCCUGCCAGCCCAGGACCCAACACGAACAUUCCUUCCAUAGCCAGCAAUGUUGUCAAGGUCUCAGCCUUGUAAAAACACUGGACAGAGGGCCCAAGGGGGUAGUGGGGAGUAAAGGGGGCUGGCAUGUUGGUGGGUGGCCAUUGAGACCACUCCCUCCCCCUUUCCCACCAUUUCUGCCUACCCCGUUGCACCCCUAGCACUGAGACUUGUGCCUGGAAGCGAAAGGAAGCAGCAAAGGGUACCUGAGGAUCCUGCUGCUGGUGUGGACACAGCCCUGUGACAUUGCAUCUUGCUGGGGCCUGAGGAAGGGAGGGGGUGGGUAGGGGAUGGGCCAUUAGUGGGUGUAGGCUGCUUGCCUGGACAGGGCCUGGUGGGGGCACCUCAGACCAAAUAACAGUUGUUUCUGGAGACCCCAGUGAGGAAAACACAAGACCAAGAGCAGCCCAGAGGCCAAGUCGUCACAUGCAAACAGGAAGAAAAUAUAACACUGUGUAUUAAGCACCUUUUUCAAGGAUCUUAAUGGAUAAUAUUUAUUCAUGGGAAAAGGUGGAAAACAAAAUCAUCAAUUGAUUUUUGUGAAAUGUUUUUCUCCGUGGACCCAACACCUUUAAACCAAAACAAUGCAUUUUGUGAGGUUGGUUUUUAUUUUUCUCCUUUUAUAGCAAAAGCUUUUAGGCUCAAAGUCAGUUAUUGCUGAGUUCCCUCCCCGUUCCCAGGAGGAGUGAGGUCACCUUAGCUGGACCCUCACUGCCCAGCUGACCUGCACAGAGCUGUCAAGAAACCACACAGCAACCCUUUUGCUCUGUCCAUUCAUCUGUCUCCUUUGUCUCUGUACCUAUCUGCUUCACCUUGGCUGUUUCUGUGUCCAACCAUCUGUCUCACCAUGGACAGACAGUAAAGCCUUCUUUGUCACUGCCAAGUACUGCAGACCUGUGCCUGGGAGUCAGGCCGAGCAAAUGCAAAUACAGAAAAGGAGGGAAGCCACCUGGGGCGAGUUGAAGGGUGAGGUAAGUCUACCUUAGGAACACAGGUGCUUCCCUUGGGAUUGGAACCACUUGUCUUUGCAGUUUGUUGUGGCAGGGAGUUGGAGAAUGGUCACGGGUUUCACACUGGGUCUUGAAAAUGGAAAUAGCAACUU